GUCUCGAUCCACGGUAAUAGAGGGUACAACGAAUAUCAGGUCGAAUAUAGUUUGGUGCGCCUCGGCGAUGAUGGACAAGUCUAUAGGUGAGAUGCCCCAGUAAGUCUCUUAAUUUUUUAAGCAGAUCGCCUUACCCUGUUUGUGCUCAAGCGGUUAUUGUGCUUAAGACGGAGCUAUUUUAACACAUGUGUUUGUGUUAUAGUAAAUUUUUUAUGUCUUCAAAUACAACAUUACGAAAUUUGUUACUCAUAUAGUUUUAUAAUACAUAAACGCGAAUUCUAUGAUAUAUUGGAUAAAUUGUUAAUCGCCUUCUUUUCCAAAAUCGACUUAAAGGAAGAGGGAAAGAUGUGUCAGCUGUCAGAUAGCGGGGCGCAGUACUGUUUUGCUUAUAAUAUCAGACCCAAACGCACGUUUCGUGGAAGGAAGCAGUAAACGCCAAUCCAACCGCUCCUGCAUAUAAUUUCAUUGGUCACGUUGACUGGCCGUCCAUCGUAUUAUUUUAUUUUAUUAUGAAGUAAUAGAAAGUGCGCGUGUGUUUGCUCUCACACUUCUGCACUAGGUACACAGUAUCUCCUUUGCAGAGCGCCUUAGCCUGGUCCUCGAUAUUAAUCAUCGUGGUUACGAUAUUUUUCUAUUUAAAAGAUAUCUUAACCUUCAUUCUCAUUGAAUAUUUAUCUUGACCUAGCUCAAUGCUAGCUUACAAUUUAAUUUGUACCAUUAUACAAGCUUAUUCUUCAAAAUCAUACAUGACAGCUCCUCGUCAACACAAAUGUUUACUUGUUGUUGAUUGAUUUGAUUUGAUCUGUUGUUUCGUCUUAGUGUAGUUUAUUAAAAUAAAGGUAAUGAAUAUUUCACAUUAAAGAUUUCGUAGGGAAAGUCUAGCGAAAAAUAUGUUGAUGUAAUACGAACGGACCACCGCCCCGAGGUGUUACGUUAGCGUUGGCCUUUACGGCGUUGUUCAUAUCCAGAGGCAAUCAGAGUCAGGCGAGGCCUAAAGAAUUGCAUAUGAUGUGGUGCUAUACGUUAACAUUAUGGUGGCAGCUGUACCUACAAUACAAUACUCUUAUCUCAUUACUUAAAACUAAUACUGUCCGCUGAGUCACGGUGACGAGUCGAUCGCCACACAAGAAAUAAAGAUAACACAACAGUAUCUAAAUGUAGAGUGGGGACGCGAUGUUAGUGCAGACAACAGUAGCUCGCCGGUUCCGCAACACGCCAGCUGACUGCAACGCAUGCAACAUGGAGGAAUUAAAACGCUUCUCGCGCAAAGAAGUCGCCGAACGAAGUACUAAGCAACAGGUUAUGUUUAUAAUCCAUAACCAGGUGUACGAUGUGACGAAGUUCCUCGACGAUCACCCUGGUGGCCAUGAGGUGCUACUCGACGUCAUCGGCAAGGAUGCGAGCACGGACUUCAUUGACAUCGGUCACAGCAGUGAUGCCAACGACAUAAUGAAGAAGUACCACAUCGGCGAGGUGAUUGACGAAGAUAAGAUGACAUACCAAAAAGCAAAAGCGGCCUGGGUCGACUCUGAGCGAACAGGCGAGUCCGCGAACGACAGCUUCCUCAACUCGUGGAAGUUUCCCGUUGUGCUGGGUUUGCUGAUGACGCUGCUGUACAAAUAUAUAUUCGGGUAGAGUCCAAUUACUGUAUACUAUAAAGACAAUUUCCUUCUCACUAAAACUGUACUCGAUGUCAAAUGUUGUUACAAGUGAGUGAUGCAAAAAUACUUAGUUAAUACGUGUUGCGAUAUUUUUUAUUUAGAACUAAUUUAUUUUAAUUCACUUUGAAUUCUAUACGACUAUUUUUUGAUAUCGUGUUGUAUAAUAAAAUAAAGGACUAAAAUAAUACUUU